AUGAUGUUGGAUGUUUGGAGAGUGCUGGAGAUGCAAACCAAGUGGUACCAAUGGUGGGCAAAGAAUAUUGACUCCAUAAGGUCGUGCAGUGUGUCUUGGACUGUGGCAGUGAAACACAUCCUCAGGCCAAGCUCUUACAAGGGGAGUCUAGAGUCUCCUUCGCUUCCAGGUUUGCGAUAUGACUGUGCCACCAGCUUGGGUGUCUUAGUGAUCCUUGGAGUGCUAUGCCAAAUUCGUGGCCUCGCCAGUCCAGUACAGGCUCGCAUUGUCAAGCUACUCCGGGCUUUCUUGUUGAUGGCUUCGUGGCCAUCAGGGUUGGCGCUUCUACCAGAUCUUGUGCUGGAUGUUGAAGAUGGCUGCGUUUCCCUCAAUGCUCUUUGGGCAAAGCUUCGUGGAACAAAUGGCAAAGGUGUCAUGAAGACAAGGUGGGAGAACACUACAGCCUUGGGCCCAGCUCGUCACCAAAUCCUUGGCAAGGUGAAUGUGGCUGACCUCUUGUUCUUUUUUCUUCGGCAACCGCUCAGUGACCCAUCUGCCAUCGCUGGCCUUGAGCUGGUGAGAAUGCAAAAGCGCUUGCUGCAUCUCGUGGCCCAGCGCAUUGAAAUUGCACUGGGAGAUGGCUCAGUGAGGUUGUCGAGUGUGGCAAGUGCUUUGCGAGUGGGUGGUGAAGAUCUGGCUCAAUGGAGUGCUGGGAAAACUAGAUCACAGGCCGCUGACCUUCUUCGGCAAGAGCUCAUUCGGAGGUUUAUGACAAAAGCCACUGGUUUUGUCUCAGGCUUCAAGAACUCUGAGAACAAGGAGUUGGAAGGAGUGCCAGGCAGUAAAAACAACACAGCCGCUUUGCAUGCAGCUACCCAGUACGUGACUUCCUACAUGUGCAGGGCCUCUGAAAUGAUGAUGGCAGUCCUGUCCAAGCAGAAGUUCAAACACCUUGCCUUUUACUUCGAUUGUGCCACUGUGGGGAAGUGGAACGUUAUGUCCAUUCACAUCGCUUCAGAUGGGCUUGUAUGCUGUGCACCAUGCUCAACAAUGCCUGCUUUGAAGCAACCCUAUGAGAAAAACCCGGAAGAGCUUUUACUGGCAAUUCAGGACAUCGAAGUGGAAGCUCCAUUGCAUAUGCUCAGCAAGAAGGACCCAAGUGCACAGGAGCCUGUCAUUUGUGCUCAGCUAAAGGCACCAACAAGGCGAAAGCUUCUUGCACUUAACCAAUCCUUGGACUACCUCCUCAGGCUUCGUCUUUGUGAUGGUGAACCACUGAUUCCACUGAGACCUCCACUGCACUGUGAGGAGCGAUGCUAUGCAACCAAUGAACUUGGUGUCAAGAAAGCAUUCUAUUGGAACUCUGCUACCAAGCAAGCUACUUGGCAAUGCACAGUGCCUGACAGCAUGUCUGACACCACUGUUCGCUUCUCCUCCCUAACCGAUGAAGGGGAGACUGGUUCGGCGAUGGCUCUAGCCAACUGUGGCCUGGCUGUUCUGUGUCACAGAGACACCAUGCACAAACUGCACAGAGAGGAGAUGCUUGCUAUUAAAGAUGUUGAUGAGGUCAACCUUGCCAUGAGGGAAACCCUGCUGGUCUUGAAGAGUGAGCAGGCACCGUGGAAUUCUGGCAUGUUUGGACGCCGAAUGAAAGAGGCACAUGCCUUGGUGCAUCUGCUGCCUGUCCCACAUGUCUUGCUGGACAUUUGUGGGCCCGGGAUCAUUGCAGACCUGUCGCUGUCUCCAAGUACUACUCAGGGUGAGCUGAAGCAGGUGUUAUGCGACUUUGCCAAAGGCGGUUAUCGGACUGGCGGCAAGCAUAAACUUGGGCGAUGGUGCGAUUGGGUAGACAGCUUUUUAAAGUUGCAUCGGACUUGGCACAUGAGGCUCUUCUUCCAUCUCAUGGCCUUGGCACUGGAGGGCAUUUCACCUUUUGCUGCACUCGCUGGCCACCUGAAUCAACAGAAGGACCCCAAGAAAGAGUCCGAUAAGAUACUUCCACGUGUUCUUCGUGUCAAAGGCGAUGUUUGCCCUGGAGCUCAACCACGCAUGCUCCGCUUCAUGUGCACCCAGUGGAAUGAGCUAUGUCGGCAAACGCUGGAAUCUUCUUUGAGGCUGGCCCAUGUGGCUGAUGUGUGCAGUGGCUGUGAGGAUGACAGCGACAUGGUCCUCUCUGUGCACUUCCGCUUUGUGAUUGCCACCAUGCGCCACUUUUGUGAGUUUGGCUUGCUGUACCAGCACUUCCCUUGGAGGUUCUUUUUGCUGCUGAGUGGCGACAAGAAGUUGACUGAUGCGACACUUGCUGAAAUGAAAAAUGAAUGGAGCUUUCUUUUGUCCUUGGAGAAGGGUGGAGAGUGUCACCGACAGUAUCCCUGCAAGAUGGUUCCUCAUUUGUCGUGGUUUGCAUACCGAGAGAUCAUGACUGCAUGUGAAGAGCUCGAUUGGCAGUGCACUGAUACUCUUCAAGCCCGUGUGGCCGCCUGGUUUCCAGAACCAUGCUCUACGUUGGGUGCAGAUGCUGCUUUUCGACAUGAUCGUUUGGGAGAGUCCAAGCAGCAUCGCCAAGAGAUCUCAGUGGAGCAACUUCUUGCUGUGGGCUGCAAAGGGCUGAAUGAGAGGUACAAGGAGUUCAAAACUCCCACUGACUUGGACUUCAAUGGCAUCAAGCCCUCUCAGUUCAUCAAGAAAGGUGUCUUCGAUUGCAGCAGAGCCAGUGCAAAUGACACCGGCCUUGCCGGCUUCAAUUCCAUGGUCAGAGCUCCAACCAUCUCACCGCACCAUCUCACCAGGAAGUGUCUCAACAUUUGGUCUGCAAUGAAAGCCAGCAGUGGGCACCAUGAGCAUUUCUGGACUGCUCAAAUGGUCCGAAGUGGCCAGGUGCUGCAUAUUGAGCAGGAACUCUUUCUUUGCUUUGAUGCUCCUUAUGUCCAUGUCAAAGCGUGGCCAUUGGAGAGCUUCGAGGAGGAUGCCAAAAAGUGGGCACGCCUUGAUGACGUGAUCAUUGCCAAACCCAUGGAUGCCAGUGUUGUCCCUUACACACCGCACUUGGUGGAGCAGGGCGAGAUGAAGGAGUUGCGCCUGUUGCUGCAGCCCAUGGUCUCUUUGCCAGGGAAUUGCACCAACAAACUUCGAGUCUCCAAACUCCUUGACCACCUUUGCUAUUCUGAAGAUGCAAAAAAUGCGAUUUUGGCUCUCUUCAAAAAGGAAAAGGAAGGAGAGAAAGAGGGUGAGGGGGACCUGGAGGAGAUGCCUGAGGACGAGGCUCCAGAACUUGAUUCUCGAUGUGAGGCAGAACUCUUGAACAAGAUCCUUGAGUCCUCAGAGAUGAAAUCUCAGAAGAAUGAUGGGGAAGCCAAGAAAGCAAACCAGAGUGAUGCACCUCCUGCAAAGAGAGCCAAGAGAACAUCUGAACCACCUGUGGAUGAGGACCAUCCAAAGGUGCCAGAAAGUUUGCCGGCUCCUUUUGCACAGCUGGAAGCACGAUCAGAUAUGAGUGAUGUUGCAGUACCACCUGGAUGUGCCAUUCGGAUGUACCAAGGCUUGGCUUCUCCUUACAUCCAUGGGUCCUUGCCUCCUGGCCAAAAGUGGAAGGGGAAAGCCAGUCAUAGCAGAUCCUUUGACCCAAAUGCAAGUUCGAGUUCUUCAGCAGCUGCGGCACCAGCAGCUGGGAGCCGCCAAGCAGGUCGAGCUGCGUUGACAGAAGCUGCUGCAAGGGCUGCUGUGCUGGCUUGGUUGUGUGAAUGGGCUACAGCCCAGGGAGUUCAGUGA